AUGACUGAUAAGAGUAAAUCAGCACCCGCAAAGGGAGAAACAACACCUCCCAAAAACUCUCGACCGACGCUCUUCAAUUUGCUCGAGGUCCUGGCAAACUACUCAAUGACAACACCGUCACAAAGACAAUGCAUCAGAGAUAUAGUGACGGAGUUCUUGGCCAAUAAGUUCGAACACUCAAAGGUGUAUUCAUACAUAGGAGCAGUAGUAGGACAUGAUAGAUUACACGCAGUAAUCAAGCAACUGGAAGCUGACCCAGAUCGAUCACCAUUGCCGGAUCAAGAUGGAUUGAUGAAGAUAGAGUCAGCAUUUAAUUUGACGAGGAAUUAUAAGACGUCAGGAACAAAUGGAGAUUCAACAGCAAAUAAAGAUGAAAUCUUAAGAUCAAUUCGAAGAAACCUGAGUAAAAAGUGCGAGUUAACGAGGUCGUCGAGUGUUAAAACAGCAUCAGCUGGAGUUUUGUUACAGAAAGCAUGCUGGCUGCCAAUUAGAAGAACACUAACAGCGGGUCCACUUUACGGCCACAGCCUGAUUUGUAUAGGGAAUAGAGCAUAUAUACUGGGAGGAAGUAAUGGAAGGAACCAAGGGUUUAACCUUUCAAAAGCACACCUGAUAAACCUGCUUGACUUCAGUAGUAAGCAGAUCAUGUUAAGCGGAGAAGUACCAACACACAGGGAGGGAAACUCGUGCAAUGUAGCAGUGCUCAACCAGUCCCAUUCGGUGGUUUUGUUUGGAGGUUUCAAUGGAGAGGUUUUCUUCAAUGACGUGUACCUGUUGGACCUAGAAAAGCGCAGAUGGAGUAAGAGAAAUCCCACAGGACCACUCCCAACACCAAGAGACGAACAUUCAGCGCUGAUAUAUCCACCAAGGUGUGAUUUAAAAAACACAAACACAUCAACGGAAAGAGUUUCGUCAGAUACAGGUGCAAGUGAAAGAGGCGCGACUGAACGACAAACUUCGGCAAAUUCCUCAUCAGAGACCCUUAACAACAGUCAGAUGGACCCCCAGGAAAAGGAUGGCCAGGAAAACGUCUCUAGUCAGAGGAGCGUUAAGAGUGUAAAGGAAGGACCUGUAGUAUACCUGUUUGUGUUUGGAGGAAAAACCGGACUACUGAACAAGUUCAAGUGUUUAAAUGAUAUGUGGGCUUAUAACGUUAUCGGUAAUUACUGGACGAUGGUUGAAACAGGAGAAAGUAAACCAUGCCCAAGGUUCGGAGUGUGCGCACUUUGGGCAGAUGAUGAAACAGUAUGUGUAUUUGGAGGAGAAACGAGUUCACCAAAUGGUUAUGUGGAUCGUUCAGAAAGAGUCCUGCUGGAUGAUUUGUGGAUGUUCCAUCUUAACCCGUUAAGUACAUCAAAGCGUUUAACCCCCACUAACACGCAGUCAUCCACCACGUCAUUGACUGAAACGGCAGAUGACUCGCAGUUGGACAACACAGAUAAAUCGGAUCGCAACGGUGAGGUGAAAUUGUCAGGAGUGUGGGUGCAAGACUACUAUGAAAGAAACAUAGGACCACGCUCCCAUUACAGUAGUAUAUUCAUAGCCCAGAGGUGCAAAGAAGCUAAUACAGGAGCACCGAGGACGGUGGAGAGACUAAUGUUUUUGACAGGUGGAUUAACAUAUCCACCAGGUAAUAAGAAGGUGGUGGUGGCCAGUGACAAGCUAUACUUUUACUUUUUCAGCCAGAAGAGGUGGUACUCAUUAAAGCCGAAUUACCCGAGGAACUACAUAGGGGAGCCGUUUGAGCCCAGACAACUCCACGUGGCCUGCUUCUUCGAAAAGAAGAACAUACUCUUCCCAGGAACAAAGCCCUCAGUACCAUGCAUCUUCUUCCACGGCGGAUUCCACAAAAAGCAGAUCCUCUCCGAUUCCUGGGUACUUUCCCUGACGGGAGAGGACCUCUUCUUCAAGAACUCGCUCCUCUCCACCGAGACGAACAACAAUCCAAAGAUGGAGCUCAGAAUGUACCCGCCAUGGUACUACAGAGAGUCACACUCACCGUCUCUGCUCUGGGGAAUGUGCUCAGUACAGAAGUGGGUAUUUGGAGCACUGGCACACCUCGUUGACAACUCGCUUAAAGAUACAGUGAGCAGCACGAACCUGAGUAUAAAGUUCGAGCCAUCACCGAAGGGCGAGGAACUGAUGCUUUCGGUCCAGGAUGACGGGAAUGGACUCGAUUACAACUCAAUGAAUAGACUCCUGAAGCUAUUUGGCAGGACAUAUAAUAGCUAUAACACUUCAGAUGACCCAGAUUCCAGAGUGGGAAAGGAGGAAUAUGGUCUAGGAUUCAAGCUAGCAUACGGGAGGUUGGGAAACAGUGUAGCAGUUAUGUCGAGAACACACGACUCGAUUGGAAUAGGAAUGUUAUCACUGGACCUUAUGUGCCAAUGUGAGUCGAGAGAGAUGGCAGCCCCAAUGUGUAUGUGGAAGUUGCCCAGUAAGGAAUUGAUCAGCAGAGAUGGGCCGUGUCUUAUAGACCAAAGACAUCAUCAAAGACUGCUCAUGAGUUAUUCCCCAUUCAACAGUGCGGCACUUCUCGCGGAACAGAUUAACGUGUUAGGAGUUAACCCAGGAACAAGGCUACUUUUUUGGCAGCUUAGAGACGACCUAGAUUCUCUGGUACUAGAGGACGGAACACUGCUUAGUUCAAAUCAUACGCAUACUUUCGGGAACAGACAUGACCAAAAUGAAGAUGAGACAAAUAACGACCACCAUGAAGUUGGAAGUGUGGUUUACUUUAAGGAUCAGGUGAUGGAAGGUGGAGUCGUAAUGGACUCAAAUAACCCAUCAGGAACUAAACCAAAACCAAAUGGUAUGACGUCACCACCACCAGAACUUGUUUCUGAAGAACCAUCGAACAAUGUUUCUGAUGAACAAAGGAAUGAAGUGCAUGAGAAUGCGGUUGACGGAGAUAUGAAGGUAGAAGAAAAACCUAAAGAGGAAAAGGAUGCUGGAUAUAACGAACAAGAAGCUGGAUUUAUUGAUAAGUUGGAACAAUUGAAAAGUUUGAUGGGAUAUACAGGAGCAUGGUAUGAAGCAUUCCCACUUUGGAAGACAGCAAAGUAUUCAAUUGACUACUGCCUCCCAGUAUACCUGUACUGGCUACAUUUACACUCCUCUUGCACACUCUCAGUACAAGAUGUUCAACUAAAGCCAAACCCAGUACAUGACCACCUCUUUGAAGGAAGUAAAUCCGUGGAUUUGGACGAUAUCGAUCUACCAUCACGAAUGGAAGCACUAGCACAACUAAAUCAGAGCACUACAGACGUUGAUAAUGAUCUAGAUAGAAAUCAAAACGGAGAAAAUUUCAAACGUGUUCGAGAACCGUUUAGUAGUGCUCAGGAGGAAGAAGAGGCAGUUAACGCCAAAGUAACCAAGUUCAACAACGCAGUUGAUGUUGAACAAAACUCUUCACAAAGUGAUAAUAAUAUGGAUAAACUUAACCAAAAGAAGAAGGAACCACAAUGCUUGGGAACAAUGGCAAUGCAAAACGCACAAAAUAAGGAACAACACGGGAAAGAUAUGUCAGUUGAAGAGUGCUUCCUUGACAUGCAUAACCACUUGUUGGGAACAAACGUGUUAGGUGAAAUCAACAGUGCAUCAGGUUUAUCAAUGGACUCCUACAGUUGCGGAAAGAACACAUGCGGAUACUGCGGAGUCUCGCCAAUAGGAAGGUCUCUCUCAGGAGGUGAGACUCUUUACUCCUUUCUCAGAGCUAAACUUCACAAGUCUGUACAACUGCCAUUUCUAUUCCACCCGGAAGAUCAUGCGCAAGGCGCCUUUGCACUCAUUGGCUUUCUAAACUACCCAACCAAUUCAAUGUACCACUCAUCUUCAAGCGAAUUCAGCUUUGACAAGGCCUCAAAUUCCAGCGUGUCCUCAAAUUUCGGACCACUUACCUCUCCAGUAAAGAAACCACUAGCACCAACCUCAUUUGUCAUCACAGAGCCGCCAGAUCCUCAGCAAUCAGCAGUGCCAAUUACCUCAAGCCCAACCAAAUCAAGAAAAGGUAAAGGACCUCGAGGAAAGGGUGCAAGCCAGUUGCAACCAGGUUCUACACCACAAACACCCUUGCCUAAGACGACACAAGUGAUAUACAGCGGAAGCAUGUCCUCUGAAAACUUAGUACAAUUGUCAUCAUCCGAGAUGGAAGCAAAGAAAAAGGAAUCAAAGUACAAAACAGGGCAUCCGAUGUUUUUAGGAGUGGGUGCAGGACCACAACACUACUCGUCUGAAAGGUCAUCUUCUAACAUGUUUUUGGGAAACCAAAUGCCCAGAAUGCAGCCAGAAGAUCGAGUUUGUGAAGCAGGAGUACUCCUGUACUAUAAAGGAAGACUGAUACGCAGACUUGAAGGUAACUUCCCAGCAGCAAUGGAUGAACUGGAGAGCGCAAAACUGCCUCCAAAAGCAAGUCUUUUUAGAGGAAACAUGUAUAGAUUUGCACUAACGGCCAUUAUAAACGUGCCGAACUGGCUAGUACCAUCAAUAACUAAGCAGGAGUUUAUCCACGAAAACAACCGGGUGUUCCUUACCUUUAAGGCUAAGCUCAUCAGAUUACUCUCGGAGUACUGCAAGGUUUGCAUGGAUGAGCAUAAGAGACAUAGCUGGUACCUGGAAAAACUCAAACAAAUCGUCGACUACGAUAUGGCCAACCAGACGACUUUGAACAAUUACAUGAACAGGCAGGAUGAAGUUGAGGGUUUGGAUGACGAGGUCGUGCCCUCUUGGAAACUCGCAAACACCGAGUCCAGCCAGGAAAUCACAACCCGUGAGGAGUCUCUCAACGAGGAAGUCGCUGUUCCCAACGACGACGAAGUCAACAUGUCCUCCAAGAACUUGAAUUUAAAUCAUCUCUCCGCCGUAACUACUUGA